AUGAUAUCACAAACAAUAGAAACACAACAACAACUUUCGACAAUGAUUCCAUUUCGUUAUCGAAUCUUACUGUAUUUAAAUAUUCUUCUUGUGGUGGUUGAUAUAUGUAUUAAUGCAUUCAGUGAAUUUCUCGCACCGAAUGCAUUUGGACAACUUAUUAUUUAUAUUAUCCAAGAUGUAUGUAUUAUACUUUCACUAACAUUACUUGUUGUUAUGGUUUUAACAACAUAUGUUGCUCAAGCUGGUUUACUCUGUUUACUUCUUCGCAUGUUUCGUUUCUCAAUAGUUAUUACAUGUUUGUAUUUAGUACUUUGUGCUGUUGUUCAAGGACUUCUACUUAGUCGACGUUUUUCGAAGGAUGAACAGGGACAAAGUGCCUUUCGAUAUGGAGAAGUAUUAGCUUUUUAUGUAAUUCAACGUACAUUUUCUGUUUUAUAUUAUUAUGGAAUGAAACGUGCUGCUUAUCGUCUAAGUGAUCCUCAUUUUUAUCAAUCAUCAAAAUGGUUACAAGAUCUUUGGGAAAAACGUCGUAAUGUUGCUACAAUGCGAAUAGCUUCAGCAGCUGGAUCUGCAUCAGCAACAACUACUUGUGUUUGUUGUACAAUUCUGUAG